UUUACCUCAGGUUGCCGUUGGAGGCGGCUGCCUGAGGCGACGCGGCUUGCCGCCUCUCAGCGGCCUCGGGCGCUGGGACGCGGCAAGCAGCGGCGGCGGCGGGUCCCUCCCACCCGGAGUCGCCCAGGCGCCUCCUCCGCUCCCUCCCUCGGUCGCCGCCGCUGUGAGUCACGACGACGGAGGGAGGAGGAGGAGGAAGAAGAGCAGAAGCAGCGGCUGCCGCUUAUACACACACACACCGUUCGGGGCUUCUCUCCCCUCAGGCGCAGAAGGAGGCUCAGCCGCUCCAAGUGCUGAGAGGACGAGGGCACGAUCCUGCCUCAGCUUCCCUCCUUGUCUACGCGGGAGGGCCACUCGAGGGCUCCUCCCUGACCCAGUAACAACAACAACAACAUUCUUAUUCUUAUUAUUACUAGUGCUGCUAAUAACUGCCGCCGCCGCCGCCUCCACUUCAGGGUGGCAUUUUGCAGUGUUUCCAAGCUGUGAUAACCAAGGCGAGGCGAAUAGUCCAGUGAGCUUUUCUCCAUCUUAAUAGAGCCAGGUGGAGCCCUGCAUGCUUUUCCCUAAGCGCAGAUUGCAUCUUUGAUUUCUCCUUCCUUGGCUGUUCUUGAUUAAACGUUCUCAUACCCUGAGAUUACUAGGCAAGCAGAAGUCUCAGGAACUGGGAAGAGGGGAAUGAACCGUGAGGGUGUCCCCGGGAAGAGUCCGGAGGAGAUGUAUAUUCAGCAGAAAGUCAGAGUCCUGCUAAUGCUUAGGAAGAUGGGAUCAAAUUUAACCACCAGUGAAGAGGAGUUCUUGAGGACGUACGCAGGGGUAGUGAAUAGCCAACUUAGCCAACUUCCUCAGCAUUCAAUUGAUCAGGGUGCUGAGGAUGGGGUGAUGGCAUUUUCCAGAUCGGAGACUGAAGACAGAAGGCAGUAGCUUGAAGGGCUGUCGGAGCAAUUCAGAGCUGGAGCAGGGCAAAUAAGCUCUAGGAAAUCAAGGAAGAUGGCCGGACAAUCAUGAGUUCCUUUGCCCUCCCCUGGUUUUUUUUGUCUUGUCCCGUGGUAGCCUUCCCCACCCCAUUGAAUUCAGUUUUCCUGUUACCUGACCUUCUGAAUGCAUUUCACAGCCGUCUGUUCUAUAUGCCCUGUUGGUGGGUCAGCAAGGCAGUUUAAAUCAAGGACAACUCUAGGAAUGCUUUCAUGAUUGGCUCAAAAAAAAAGUGGACUGUGAUUGGCUAGCUAAAGGAAGUAAACUUGACCAGUGGAAACACUCCCCUUAAUUUUUAAUUUUGUAUUUUUAAGAAUUAUUGCUGACAUCCUACUUCUAAAAGCCUUCAAGCUCUGGUGCUUAUUUAGGUCAUGCUUGUGUGUGUUUUUGGAGAGGGGUGUGGCUGUGUGAGACUGGAAAUGGACUGCCGCUGCUGUUUGCAAAAUGAGUGGCUUUCAGGUGUUUUGCUGACAUCAGUGUUUUCCUUGCUAAAAUUUGUGGGGGGAGGGAAGAAGGGUAGAGGGAAUUAACGUAUUUAGUUACUGCUUCACAUUUAUUGUCAAGGUGGGAGGGGAAAAUGUUUUGCCAUAUUUAUUACAUGCUUGCUUGCCUUUUUUUCUUUUUUGAAGAAAAAAAAUGGCUUAACUGUUGACUUCCUGUUGGCUGCAGAGUCUACAUGCAGCUGACUUUUCCCCGCUGGUCUCCUCUGUUCUUCAGUUCUCCUCAAGAAAUUGUUGCUUGAAAGCAUGUUUGGUUUUCUCAAUUCUGCCCAUGCAGGAAGGAGGUGGUUGGAAGCCCCUGACACUUUGUUUAGAGUUGUGGCAAUGAGCCUCUCCUGCAAAUUUGGGCAACUCCCUUUGCACCUGCAGAAGGCCUGUCAGUACUAUGGAAGAAUUCUGUAUUCCCAAAUAUCUCCGAGAUGCAAAGUGUCAAACUUGGAAGGAGUGCAAACCAGUUCUUCUAAGCAGUCUGCACAGUUUGAUUUUAACCUGUUGGCUGCUUCACAUGUGACAGUGCAGUAAGAGCCUGAAUUGUGUAGCUUUGGCCUAAUGCCUGCACUGACUUAGUGAGAUGAAAUUGACGAAUUCCUCAAAUUAGGCUUGGUUUUGUGUGCCUGUUGAUCUCUGGAGGCAGAACAUCUCCACUGAAAAUAUCCAAGUGGCUUCAGGUGAUACAACCGGUUUGUUGAAAAACAGAGACAGUGGCAUUAAUUCAUUGCCUACUUUCUCUGGCUUGCCAGGAAGCUGCAUGUUAGAACCCUUAAGUUCUGUGAGUUGUUUGCUGCCUAUAUCCAGGAGUCUCCUCCUCCCUUCUGUGCCGUGAAUUUUCACAGUACUUCCAAGAAGGCACCUAGGUAAGAUGGUACUGAUGAAGUAUUUGAGGGGGUGGGGGAACAUUGAAAUAGAAACUUGUGGUUUCACUGUCUUUGCAUGAGAUAUCAUUAUCUAGAGGAACCAGCUUGAGAACCUCGCUGUGGCAAACUAGAGCAGGCAUCCCCAAACUUUGGCCCUCCAGAUGUUUUGGACUACAAUUCCCAUCAUCCCUGACCACUGGUCCUGUUAGCUAAGGAUCAUGGGAGUUGUAGGCCAAAACAUCUGGAGGGCCGCAGUUUGGGGAUGCCUGAACUAGAGUUUCCAAGUGCCCUUGGUUAUGAGGGGUGCUAUUGCUAUCUGAGUGUGUGUGUGUGAGAGAGAGAAAGAGAGAGAGAGAGGAGGGGGGGGAGGAGGAGAUACCAAGAAUAAUAGCAUAUGAUAAGAGAUAAUAUACAGAAAAGAGGAACGAAGACGAUCCCAAAUGAAUUGGUCUACCUGCAAAGAGCAGGUGUUCCCUCUCUGGAAAUAAUACUUGAGUUUUUAUUUGCAACUUCAUAAAAGUUCCCAAUGUGAAAAGCCUCAGUUUCUUGGGGCUGACGAUGACACCUGUUCCAAUAAAACCAGCAAUAAAUGCAGUUCACCCUUGCAGUUCAGGUUUUAUUCCCCAUGACCGGUUUUUAAAUGUGUCAGAAAGGACAGCUCUUCAUCCUAAUUAUCAGGGUUUUGUUGUGUUUUGUUUUGUAGCAUGACAAAAUGUGCAGCUUUUGCUCCAUUGAAGAGAAUCCUGAUGCUUUCCCUCAUCCAAACACUUCCAUGAUCGGGAAGUCUAAUUUCUCUAAAUCUCAAAAUGAAGUGUGUUGUUGCUGAGAGAUUUCCCCCCCCCCCCGCCAAGCUGUCACUUCUUUUGCAGUGGCUGGUGGAUGUGCUAGUGUCUGGGUCACCUUUCCCUACCCAUCCACCUCUUUGUCAUUGGAUGAACUUUAUUAACUUAUUUUUCUCUUUUAUGUUUUACUGCAAUGGAGGCUGAACACUCCCCUGUUAACAGAAAGAAGUUCUUGUGAAAACAUGUGGUCCAUUAAGGCUUCUCUAUCCCUGCUGUGGCAUUGCCCCAACAUUUCAUUAAUCUUUUUUGCCUCCUAGAAAUCUUCUUUUCCUAUGCUCCCCCACAGAUCUUCCACAUCUUUUUUUGUUUUUUAAAGAAGUAGCAGAAAGGCUAUUCCACCCUGUGCUUCUGCACUACGUAUGUACCUCUGUUGCGCAGGAGUGGAUUGUUGCCCAGUUUGUGGCUGAUUCGACAACUAAAACAUCUGCUGGAAAUUCAGUGAACAAGUUCAACUGGUAGCUUGCUGGGUCAACCAGGCAACACUGUCACAGCCUUGUUGUUUGGUUGCGGCCUGUGUUCCAUUGAUAUAUGGCAUUUCCAAGCUGUUGCAUCUUUCUAAGGAAGCAAACUUACAUGUUUCUGUGGUUUUUAAACUUUUGGAGGGCUAAAAAUGUAACUUGAAAGGGGUGAGGGAAAUACACUUUGUAAGAGCUG